UCAAUUUCUUGAAUAGUUUCAUUCGAAUUUGAAUUAGCUUAACAGUAGAAUCUAAGUCUCCGUGGGAUCGAUAUCUGGACUUAACAAUCUAUAUUACUCGUACGAUCACGUAUACUUGCGUGUGCGUUUGGGAGCAACAACUAGCGCAAAAGUUAUUGUGUUUUGUCGAAUCCAUAUAAUAAACUGUGUAUUUGCUUAUCUUGACCCAUACAAAAGAAUCAGGCCCGAGGAAUAUGUUGAAAAUAUCAUUAAGCAAUUAAAAUAUGUUCGAUCUAACAAUUUAAACUAUUAGACGAUAUCGACACACGCUUUAACCAUCUCUCCGCUAAAAUAAAAGAAAAAGAAAAAAAAGAUACCUACAGCUUUAACUAGCAACGUAUGAAUUCAAAUUAAACAGGUCAUUGGAAAAAAAGAUACGGUCAACAUCAUAUUACUGAUACUCAACAUGUGGUAGUUGUUAUAGCUUUGAUUGGAAAAGACAAGUGCGCACAUCAACAUUUUUUAAUUACUGUCUUUACACUCCCCUAGCUAGCUCUAUAAAUAGAGAAGAUUAUUUUAGCUCUUAUCCCACAUCUUCUCUUCCUUUUUGGCCAAUUGCCAAUAUGCUUCUCUUCAAAAAUAUUUACCCCCUUAAUGCAGGGGACCCAACUAAAUUAUGUUCUAAAAAUUAUCUUUCUCCUAGCUUUGAUCAAUAUAAAAUUUCAUCCUUUGAUAAUGAAAAAAUAACAAGGAAAAUAACAUGUUUGUCUUCAUCUUUUUCUUCUCCUCAUGAUCAAUAUUUUCCACUUAAAGCAGUCACUGAUGCUGCAGCCAUAACCAUGGAGGAUGAAAGAGUAAUUAUAGCACAAAAAGCCAAUAAUGGUGUAGGGAUUAUUGCGUUUUUUGAAGGGAAGAACAUUCUUGUCACUGGUGCUACAGGAUUCCUUGCAAAAGCUCUGAUAGAAAAAAUGUUAAGAACAACACCAAAGGUUAACAAGAUCUAUUUGCUCAUUAGGGCAAAGGAUGAAGAAGCUGCAUUUCACAGAUUAACAAGUGAAAUUAUGGAGUCAAAAUUAUUCAAAUGCCUAGAAGAAAUGCAUGGUGAAUCCUACAAGUUAUUCAUACAAAAUAAAUUGGUUCCCGUGGUUGGGAAUAUAUAUGAGCCAAAUCUUGGUUUGGAUAAUAUUACUGCUCACAAAAUUGCUCAAGAAAUUGAUUUGAUUGUUGACUCUGCAGCCAUCACUGCAUUUGACGAAAGGUAUGACUUAGCUCUUGAUGCUAACGUGAAUGGUCCGUAUCAACUCAUGAUGUUUGCAAAGAAAUGCAAGAAACUUAAACUUUUUAUGCAUUAUUCAACUGCAUAUGCAAAUGGUGGAAGAGAAGGCUUAAUUUUUGAGAAGCCAUUUACCAUGGGAGAAAGUUUAACAAAGGAAAUGAUCACUUCAAAUGUUCCAUCACUGCAUGUUGCCAGAGAAUUGGACCUUGUUUCAAAGUUGAAGAGCACUAUUAAUAAUAAUGGAUUGGAGCAAAAUUUGAAAGAAUUAGGAAUAGAGAGGGCAAAGUUGUAUGGAUGGCAAGACACAUAUUCAUUCACAAAAGCCAUUGGUGAAAUGAUCAUAAAUAGUAUGAGGGAUGAAAUACCAAUACUCAUUCUUCGUCCUUCAGUAAUAACAAGUAGCUAUAAAGAACCUUUUUCAGGCUGGAUACAAGGAUUUAGGACAAUCGACCCAUUAAUCUUUUUGUAUGGAAAGGGGGAGCUUCCUUGUCUUCUUGGUGAUCCAGAUUGUCUUACUGAUUUUGUUCCGGUUGAUAUGGUUGUAAAUGCAACAAUGGCUGCAAUUGCAAAGCAUGGAUACUUGCAAAAUCCAGAAUUAAAUGUCUAUCAUUUGGCAUCAACAUAUUUGAAUCCUGUCUCAUUAUCUCAGAUUUUUGACUAUUCUUAUGAUUUUUUCCAUUUAUUUCCUUAUGUUAAUUCAAAAGGAGAUAAAGUUGAGGUUAAGGAGAUGAAAUAUUUUGACAAAAUAGCAAACUUUUCAAAUUAUAUCUGGGAGGUACUAUCCAAGGAGCAUAGAGUACAAGAUUUAACUGAGAAAGAGCUUUCGAGGAUUCAACUGCGAUUUAAAAGGAAGGUGGAAUAUUUGAAGCAUUUCAGCAAGCUCUAUGAACCAUACACAUUCUACAAAGGAUGGUUUCACAAUGGCAACGUACGAAAGCUAAUGGGAGAAAUGUCUGAACAAGAGAAAACAAGCUUUGAAAUGGAUGUGACUAAAAUUAAUUGGAGAAAUUACUUUCUAAAGACACACAUUCCUGGUCUACAGAAAAAUGUACUAGAAGGGAGAAAGAUGCGUUCUUAAUGUUGAACCAUUUAAUGCUAUUUGCUUAGUUUGUACUUGUGUGAUGAUAAACAUGAUUUCAGAUAUUUCGUUUUAUAUAGAGUUGUCUAUUGAAUACAAUUUGAAGGACAUGACGUACUCUUACUCGACUAAUUUGGAUUUGUGUCGGGUAAUAGUGGAGCCAUGAAUAUUAU